GCCUCCGAGAGUAGCCGCCAGCCGGCCCGCCAUUUUCAAAGACCUUAUUCUGUUCUGACAGUUAAUAUUCUUUUUCUCAUAAGAUUUUUGAUUAGACCGGUGUCGAUAAAUUUGAAAAUGAGCGAAAAUCAAAUUGUUGAAGAAGACUCUACUUUUGAAGAUCCAGAAGGGGUGGUUACCCUGGACGAAGUUCUUCAAUAUGAAAAUAAAUUAAUGGAAGAUACUGCAGCUGUUCUUGGCGAUAUGAGUGAUAAAAAUUGUUCUUAUGUUGAAGGUUAUAUUAAGCGUCAAGCAUUGUAUUCUUGCUUAACCUGUAUUCCUGAAGCUAAAACAGAUCCAGACAAGAGGGCUGGAAUUUGUCUUGCCUGUAGUUAUCAUUGUCAUGAAGGGCAUGAAUUGAUUGAAUUGUAUACUAAACGAAAUUUUCGUUGUGACUGUGGAAAUUCAAAAUUUGAUUCCAAACAGUGUAACCUGUGUCCUGAUAAAAUUACUUCUAAUGAGGAGAAUCUCUACAAUCAAAACUUCCAAGGUACCUACUGCGUUUGUAGUAGGCCAUAUCCUGAUCCUGAAGAUCCCGUUUCUGAUGAAAUGAUACAAUGCGUUAUAUGUGAAGAUUGGUAUCAUUCUAGACAUUUGAAUGCACCAGUUCCUUCAACCCCAUUUGUAGAAAUGAUUUGCUUCACUUGUGUUGGGAACCAUGAAUUCUUAUCUCAUUAUGCUGGAUUAUCCAUUACACAAGUUCGUGAGACUCCUCUUGAAGUAAAAGAAGAUGUUGAUAUAACUAAUACCCAAAAGGAAGAAACUACUACUGAACCUACUGAAGACCAAUCAGAGAAUGCAGAAGUAAGCACUCUUAAAGAAUGUAAAAAACCCAAAGAGAAAGUUGAAGCUGGUACACUCUUUUGGGUUGAUACUACAUGGAGAAAUUCUCUUUGUAGUUGUGAUAUUUGUUUGAAAAUGUAUGGAGAUGAGAAUGUAUUAUUCUUAUUGGAUCCUGAAGAUCCUUUGCCAGUGUAUGAAGAGAAGGGAAAAGCUAACAUCCAAGGAUUAAUCGAAGAUCAAGAUAAGAAGUUUUUGGCAAAUAUGAAUCGAGUCCAGCUGAUUGAAACUAUUGCUGGUUACAACGACCUGAAAGAUAAUUUGUCAGAUUUCUUCAAAAGAUUUGCUGAACAGAAGAAGGUCAUCAAGCCGGAACAUGUUAAAGAAUUUUUUGACGAAAUGAAUGCUAAAAGGCAGAAAAUGGAUGUACCACCAUAUUUUUGUAGAUGAAUAUAUUAAUAAAAUAUUCCAAUUAAAUCAUAUAUCUAUUUUGUUGCUGCUUCUUUUAUAUUGAUGAAUUAGAACGACAUAGGUAUUUCUUUAGAGUCUACCAAAUGUAUAGAGGUGAAUUUAGUUUGGGAUUUUGUGUUGGAUACAUUGUUAUUUUCAGAAGCGUUUUUUUAUUAGUAUCAAUAAAAAUUAAUAAAUAUUGUA